AGUUGGGACACCUGGCACAUUCCCACAGGUGACGAAUAUUUCUUCCUCGUCUGUCGUACGUGACUUGUGUCGCGUGUCACCAUGUCGGCAGGUGUCUAAGCCUGACCACAGGUAGAUAUUGGAAGAUGAGGAGAAGACGAGUCGGGGAUCAAACGGAUCCUGAUAGGAGGGAUGAUUCCGGGGGUGAUCAUCAGCAGCAAGGACUGGAUGAGAGCCGUGACAGCUCGGUGCAGCAAGCUACCGAAUCUACACAGCUCAGCAAUGAGGACGACUCCUUCAGAUGCACCUGUCGGAUCCCCCGAUGGCUGUUCUGGGGGGUGUUUGCCUUUGUUGUUUCGACAGUAAUCAUGCUGGCCGGUUAUGUUGGGGUGAUGCAUUUUUUCCUGCUCAGACGGAGUAUUGGGGCUUCGACUAGCAUGAUGGAUGAGCUUGGGGUGGACGGUGUUAUGCUGUUCCGCCAGUAUGAUCGUGAUGAUGAUGGCUACCUAUCGCUGGGCGAGUUCGAACCAUUAGCACAUCUGCUGCGUCAAACCAAUGCAAAUGGCUUAGCCUAUGAGUCAACCUUUGAGUACCCAGUUGAGAUUGCAGACACAGAUGAGAUGGUGACAAUCAAGGCUUUCAUGUCUCCCUUAAACCUCAGCACCAUGACCAAAGAUAUGAACUCUAUGUUCAGUGGAAGUUUGGAUGCUCUGAUAGGCUUGAAGAGCUGGCAAAAGCCUAACAUAGCCUGGUUGAAUUUUGGUGUAUCAGAAUUUCAGCCAUUUUUACCAAAGUCGGAAUCUGACUUCCAGCAGCUGGGCAAGGCUUAUGACAUUAUAAUAUUUAGUAAAGGUGGAUUUUUUGAUGCACCUUUAUCAAACAAUCGCUAUUACCCACCUCGAGUGAAGGAUGAGGAAGUUGUCUUCCAUCGUCUGUUGACACUGCUCCAUCCAAGGCCGUUCAUUCACUCCAGGUUCGCCCCUCAGGGCAGUAUUGCCUGUGUCCGUGCCUACAACGACAGAUUUCUGGACAUAGUCUUCAGGAUACAUGCCGAGUUCCAGUUAAAUGAACCGCCGUUUCACCCAUUCUGGUUCACACCAGCACAGUUUACUGGCCGACUCAUUAUCACCAGAAAUGCUUCCAACAUCUAUUAUUUCAACAUGUUUGUACCUGCUACAAAGAAACUCAAUGUUGACAUGGAGUGGCUAAAUGGUCCACGUGAGAUGGAAAACAUGGAGGUAGACAUUGGUUAUUUGCCCCUGAUGGAGCUGAAUGUGACCAGCAGCUCUAUGCCAGCUGUAGUCACAGAGAGAGUGGAGGGCAUGACUGAACCCCAGGCGAUCAGACUGACGGAAACUGCUCUCCCAGAACACCCAGGACUGAAAGACAGUGUUGAAGAGCUGAAAUGGACGGAAGAGAUCUCCAUGGAAGAGGCUGCCCGGAAACUAGAGGUCCAUAUGUACAAGUUCAAGCAGGUGCCCUAUCUCAACUUCUCUGAUGCGUACGUGAGGGCAGCUGCAGAGAAUAAGCUGGUCCAUAGCAUCUUACUGUGGGGUGCGCUGGACGAUCAGAGCUGCUGAGGUUCCGGACGGACUCUUCGGGAGACUGCUCUCGAGAGUUCGUCCGUCCUUGACAUUCUGUCAAAAAAUUUUAUCAGCACUUGGUCCCUGGUUGUUGAUCUCAAGGCCUUGGAAAAGGAUGAGAGCCAACCAGAGGCGGCCUUGCGUGCUAAGCUGGCCUUGGAGGCUUAUGAGUUCCCUGUUGAGAUGAUGGUAGCCUUACCUAAUGGCACUGUAGUGCACCGGGUCAAUGCGAACAACUUCCUUGAUGCGGGCUCGCUGCUUGAUGCAGGCCUAACCACUGAUCCAUCUGGUGCAGUUUACGCCCGUUUUUUGGAAGAUGGUAUGACGAUGGCUCAGCAGGCAACUGAUGGUGCAUAGGCACACUCAUGGCCUGUCAGUCAUACAGCUCUAUCAAGAUGCUCACUCAACAUGAUGGUUGUAAUUGUCUGUGUCUGUGCUUGUAGUAUGUGUGUAAUGCUUAAAGGUUAGGUGAAUAAAGCAUUGACACACCCCAUUGGUCUCAGCAUAUCAAAGCCUGUCAUGAACUUGUUAUGUGUUUACAGUGGUACAUGUUUUGUUAUGUUUACUAGAGGUGUUGGCUCUUUGUGAAAUAGCUUAACUAACUCCAGUAUUUUAUAUGUAUUUAGUAAGGAUAUUAUGUCAUUCUCUAGAAAAGUGUUUAAUUAUGUGAUGUUCAGUGAGUAAAUGGGAUGUAUAUUUACAUAUAUAAUAUAAUAUUGAACCAGCUGUUAUGAGCUAUGCAAUGUUUACCACAUAGAACUGCUUGUUGUUUGCUUACAGGUAGAUUAAGUUACACAUGAACCUCUUCCACCUGUUUCUACCUGUGCAUGGAUAACAUUCUGUUAUAAAAGAAAUGCUGAAUUUGCAUGAAGUGGUGUGAACUCUAUAUUGAGGCACUUGACUGGUACAUUUCUGGACCAGUGUCAAAGUUUACAGAUGGAAUUGCAGUUUCGUCUUCAGCCUCUCUGAAUCAAGAAUAUAUCUGCAUCAGUAUAUGAUAAUUUACCCUACAUUCACCUCUGUAAGGAUUUUGUCUGUUACAAACAUUUCAAAUUGGCUGGCUCUGCUCUAUUGAUCAUCUGAUUGACAGUUACUACAUCUUUAUAUUGUAUUGGUUUCUUUAUUUAUACGACAGCGACCAGCAUUAUUGUGCUAACCAACUGAACCACAGAGGCGCCUUAUAUUGUAUUGAGAACUUGUUUUGUUAUUAUCAGUAUUGAAUGUGUACAUAAUCUUGAAUGGUUAACACAUGUAUCCCUUUAAGUUUAGCAUUCUUUAAUAGCAUGGGUAAGAUUUUAUCUUCAAAAAAAAAAGGAAAAGAGGAAGAAAAUAAAUUGAAGCUAGAAUUAUUUCACUGUGGUCAAAUCAAAACUGCUGAUCUUGUCACCAAAUAAUUCACUGCUGCAGUAUGUUUUAGGAUGUGCUGAAUGUAGGCGUUGUAUUGUGUGUGUACUGUUUAGGACUUGUUCUGUAAGACAGGUGUAAAUGCUUAUGUUGUUACUCAUCAUGUAGACUGAGGGACCUUUCAUGUCGGCAGAUUUUUACAUUUUCAUAUAUUUUUAUAUGACACAUUUUUGUGUAUUGCCAACUCCUUUUUAAGGCAACUAGAGUAAUUUAAAUAGUUGAUGUUGAAUUUUCGAAAUUUUAUUUGUCAUUUGUUUUCUAGCUCUGCUGGACUGAGUGAGUCCCUCAAAUUAUGAUAUGUAUAUAAGUAAUGGCUCAGCACUUAAUCAUCCUUUACAACUCAAUAUCUUGAGUGGUAUAAAAGUCAGCAGUGUACAUUUCAUAUUUAAAUCAAAACGAUAACAAAUGUUUUCUCUAGCUAUAGUGAUUCUUUUUUGCUCAGAAUAGAUUGGAUAAAAUGGCCAUUACUGUGCCAUUGUUUUACCGGUUUUAUCCACUUCAUAGUCUGCUAUUUGCUCAACUCAAAUGCUGAAGAAUGAUUGGCCACACCUCCAUACCCCCUUCCUCAUAUCAAACAUAGAAUGACGACAAGGCCGCAAAGCAGCUCAGCUGCUCAGCCAAGUCUGAUGUACAUGUGUAGAGAGGGAGGGGUUACAGAGGAAAAGGCAGGGUUGUGUUGCCAUGGACAGAGUGAUGAUCCUGUCAACAUAUGAGAGCAGCUUAUGCAUAUGUAGGAAAUUUGCGAUGUUCAUUUCUUGAUUUGUUAAUAAGAGGCCUGAGACUCGUCCUCUUUUUACAGGAAUUCCUUUUUAUUUAUACACAACAUGCUUUAGAAAAAGGUUCAGAAUUUCAUUCAGAAAUGCUAAAAAUAACACCAUUAUAAGUGUUAUAUAUAGUUUCCUGUUUUCAUCUCGCUGUCUGUCUCAUCCCUGUAAUAAACCACUCUUGGUUGUGCAGCCAUCUGCGUCUAAUAUA